CUUCAUUAUUUCCCAAAGAAUCUCGUCUUCUCUUUUCUUCUCUCUUUCUUUACUUUAAUUUCCUUUUCUUUCCUUUUUCUUUUUUUUUUUUAAAAUAUUUUAUUUUAAUAUUUUAUCGCAUUAAAUAUUUCAAUCUCUUCUUUAUCUCGCUCUCCUGAUCCCUUAAAUCCGUUUCUCACUCUCUCGCUUUUCAGUUUUCCUGAGAAAAUCUCGCAUUUUCUCAGCUGGAGAUCCGAAAAUCGUAGAAUGAGGUAGUUUUAAGUUUUCUCUCUCAUUUUCCUGUUUGGUUCCUGAGAAAGUUCAGGAUAAAAGCAACCGGGAAGUAAGUUUAUCAGUAGAUUACUCAUUGAUCAGCUCACGCUAAGCUUAACAGAGGAAUCUCCCUUGAAUGUUAGGAUACUAAAAUUUGCUUGCAGUUUUUGAAAAUUUUGAGGAUAUCAGUUGGAUUUUUGGAAAUGAGUUGGAAUCCACAUAUGGAAGUUCAGUACAUCAACGGUAGCUACCCUUAUAAUAGUGCUGGCAGCUUUAUGGAAUAUUUCGAAGGUCUUACUUACCAACAUGUCAAUUUCAUUUUCGACGGUGCUCAUGUUCAGGAGAGUGUUUACCCAUCGAUGACUACAAGCUUUUACAAGUUUGGAUUAUCUGAUUCUGGCAAUAUUUCAUAUUAUGAUGAUGGUCAUAGUUAUGAGGUGAACAACCAUGAACUAUGCCUUGAUGAAUAUAGAAGGGCAUCAGAGAAUUCCUCAUCAAUGAGCAAUGUACAGACUGCAGCAAUGAAUAUGGAAUGGGAAGGAAAUGCAAAUACUACCUCGCAUGAAAAUCCAGUAGAUUGUCCACGAAGACAACAUAAUGCUCAUGAUUACCAGGUCAUUUGGCAAGAUAAUGUUGAUCCUGACAACAUGACUUAUGAGGAAUUACUUGAAUUAGGGGAGACUGUCGGAACUCAAAGUCGAGGUCUCUCCCAAGAACUUAUUUCUUUGCUCCCAGUUUCAAAAUACAAAUGCAGCUUAUUCUCAAGGAAGAAAUCAAGGAAUGAGAGAUGUGUAAUUUGCCAAAUGGAAUACAAAAGAGGUGAGAGACAGAUUACUCUGCCUUGCAAACAUGUCUACCAUGCUAGGUGUGGCACCAGAUGGCUUAGCAUCAACAAGGCUUGCCCCAUAUGUUAUACUGAGGUGUUUGGUGAUGCAUCAAAACAUUGAGGGAUAAAUCACGACGAACAUAAAGAAAAUAUUCAUAUGCUUUUUCUUUUUUUUUUUUUUUUUGGGCUUGGUUUGGGUAUUUUCACCUAAUACGAAGAUGCUAUAUUUUGUUCUACUUUCUUUAACAGAACAGUUGAUUAGCUUUUGGAAUAAAUGAAAGGUGUGAAGUGAACAUGGUAGAAGAUGGAUGUGUUAAUUAGAAAGGCAGGAGAUUGCAUAGAGAGUUUCAAUGAUUCAGUGAUGUUUUUAGUCUUUAUUCAAAUUGUUCAUUCCCUUUGCAUUUUGGCCAUUAACUUCUAGUUAGUUAAUCUAAGGCAAAGAAGUUACAGGAAUCAUCCAGUCCCAGUCCAAUGGGAGAAGGAUGCUGAAUGACUCAUCUUCAAAAAAACCUUCUUUACUUGGUCUUAGUUUGAUAAAUUUUCAUACAUCUGCUUGGAAGCCAGCAUUUCUCUCCAAUAUAGAGGAGAGUGCUACUUGAAAGUGCAUCUUGCGGAUGAAAGUAGUUGAAAUUUUAUCAACUUUAAAUUCUCUUCUGCCAUUCCUCUCCAAUAUGAAAACGCGGCACGUUAUGGCUCUGGCAUGUUUUACCUGUAUUUUUCUAUACCGAUUCAUUUGACAAGUUAAUU